AUUAAACCGGGGACGGGUUUGUUAUGUUCCUUCUUGCUUUGUGGCUGACCGAUUUACCGACUGCAUUGGAUUUCCAAGCCAACUUUUUUUUUGUUCAUCGGUUUUAACCAGUCGGUGAUUUAACACAACCGGUAGAAUCAAUCUAUAAAGAUAAAUAUUGACGUGUCGCAUCACUUCCAUAAUUAUAUUUGUGUGGGUGGGUGUGUUGAUGAAAGAUUGGCAUGUUAAUCCUCUUGUGGUCCCUCCCCUUCAUGCUGGCGUUGUGAUCUUCCACUCAAUCGCCGCUCGGCGAAUCGCUGUAUUCGUGCCACCCCCUCCCUUCUCUCUGCCUCUCCCCCCUCUUCAUUGGAGCUUGUUGUUUGGGUUAGGUUGGCAUCACGUGAACACCUGCUGUUGGUAAAAAGGGGGGAGAAAAACAAGCACCCCAGCAAAAGCUAGCUGAUAGUUUUGUGGGCUGCAGGGAGCGGCAGGCAGCCUUGGAUCGGGAUUUGUAAACUAAGGAUCAAAAGCAUACGUUUGUCGGCGUGGGUGCAGAAUAGACCUGAAAUUUAGUCGGGACGGUGCCGCGCAGAAAAUACCCAUGAGAACUGGACGCUAUCGUGCAAAAAAAAAAGUAUUUUUAAUCUAAAAAAUGCAGCUGCCUUCAUCUUUUGCCCCAGAAGUGAACAAAAUCUUACAAGGACUAAUCUGAUAAUUUUUGUUUGCUAACACCGGAGCCAACAUUUAAAGAAGCGCGCACACGACAGCAGCAAUAAAGCAGAUCGCCUGCCUGCCUGUGUGUGUGUGUUAUUGGACUACGUUUCUGCUGGGAUUUAACUCGGAAGACGUGAAGGAGGAUUUUUUUGUGUGUGUUUUAAAAAAAAAUUAACAAUCUCCAGAUCUGCUCUGAGAGGGUGAAAUCAACUUUAAACUGCAAAUCUGGCUCGCAUCCACUGGUGGAAAGUUAAACUAAAGCAAUCCAGGAUCUUUAUGUUGCUGGUGAAAUAUUUUCAAGAAACCUUGAAGAAGUCGAAAAGUGUGAAGCGAGGUGGGCCCAGCGACAGCGACAGCAACAGCAGGCUGCCCGCUUGCUAUGAGAUUGUAACUCUUUCUCUGGGUAAAAAGAUGGCUGCGGAAUUGUAUCCGUCGGAGCAGAGCAGCAGCCAACAGCAGCAGAGUAAGCAGAGCGUUAACAGCAGCAGCAGCAGCGCGGUGAGCAGCUCCAAGCGGAGUCUACUGCUCCGCCAGGGUCAGCACAAAACACUCAACAACAACAACCACGUCCAUAACACCAACUGGCAGUCCUUUUACCCCACGCUGCGGGAAAGGAAUGCCAUGAUGUACAAUAACGAACAGAUGGCAGAUAUACAUUUUAUCGUCGGGUCCCCGGGAUCGACGCAGAGACUCCCGGCUCACAAGUACAUUUUGGCGGUCGGUAGUUCCGUUUUCUACGCAAUGUUCUAUGGAGAAUUGGCCGAGAAUAAAUCCGACAUUCACAUUCCAGACGUGGAGCCUGCAGCUUUCCUCAUACUGCUCAAGUACCUGUACAGUGACGAGAUUGAUUUGGAAGCAGACACUGUGCUGGCGACUCUGUACGCUGCCAAGAAGUACAUUGUCCCUCACCUGGCCAAGGCCUGUGUGACAUUCCUGGAGACCAGCCUGGAGGCCAAGAACGCCUGCAUCCUGCUGUCGCAGAGCCGGCUGUUUGAGGAGCCCGAGCUAACGCAGCGAUGCUGGGAGGUGAUCGACACUCAGGCGGAGCUGGCCCUGCGGUCCGAGGGCUUCUGUGAGAUUGACCUGCAGACUCUGGAGAUCAUCCUGUCACGGGAGACUCUCAACACCAAGGAGGUGGUGGUGUUCGAGGCGGUGGUGAGCUGGGCGGAGGCAGAGUGCAAGAGGCAGGGGCUGCCCCCUAGUGCCCGCAACAAGAGGAGCGUGCUGGGCAAGGCUCUCUACAUCGUGCGCGUGCCCGCCAUGACCCUGGAGGAGUUUGCCAACGGCGCAGCGCAGUGCGACCUGCUGACGCUGGAGCAGACGCACAACAUCUUCCUGUGGUACACGGCGGCCAACAAGCCGCAGCUGGAGUUCUCCACCAGCCAGCGCAAAGGCCUGGCCCCCCAGCGCUGCCACCGCUUCCAGUCGUCCGCCUACCGCAGCAACCAGUGGCGGUACCGGGGCCGCUGCGACAGCAUCCAGUUUGCCGUGGACAAGCGGGUGUUUGUGGCCGGCCUGGGCCUGUACGGCUCCAGCUGCGGCAAGGCCGAGUACAGUGUGAAGAUCGAGCUGAAGAGGCAGGGCGUGGUGCUGGCCCACAACUUCACCAAGUUUGUGUCGGACGGCUCCAGCGUCACCUUCUCCGUCUGGUUCGAGCACCCGGUGCAGGUGGAGCAGGACACCUUCUACACCGCCAGCGCCAUCCUCGACGGCAACGAGCUCAGCUACUUUGGGCAGGAGGGCAUGACGGAGGUGCAGUGUGGCAAAGUGACGUUCCAGUUUCAGUGCUCCUCCGACAGCACCAACGGCACUGGGGUACAAGGGGGCCAGAUCCCCGAACUCAUCUUCUACGCCUGACCAAGGACACACAAUGCCCCUUGGAAAAAGGCAUUACUAUGCCUGACCAGAGACUUGAUAAACAUGGGAAUCACAAGCAAAAGGAACAAUUCUGCAUCCAACUGCUGCUAACCAGAGGGAGUUUGGCAAGAAUCUAGCUCUUGCCCCUUCUACUGAUAAUAUAUUGAACUGCAGACAGUGGUCCAGAUGGAUCAGCUGUUGUCUCAAACUAUCUGAAACUGAAGGAAUGUUUGGUUGUAAAUUAAUUUUAUUUAUGACUAGAGUAUUAUUAUGGGAUGUGCUGAUGCUGCAGUGGCCAGUAAUCGGUAGUGCACUUGUUUUGUGCUGUUUUUUUUGUACAGAAGCGCUGUUUUAAAUGGCUUAAUGACUGAUGAAUGAUAUUUCAACACCUCUGUGUACUUGCGACUGAUGAACUUGUACAGUAUAAAGAUUUUUACACGAUUAUA